AUGUCUCUAUAUGCGUGCGUUCUGUGCGGGGGUCCUUUGGACAUUUCACAAACUGAAAACUGGCUUAACGAGUUUCGCAGUAUCUAUACCAAUGGCCAUGACUGGUCUAAUCCCAAUUUAUCGGGUGUAGGCUAUGUUCAGGAAAAUGAGGAUAGUGCUCAAUUCACUGCACCUCCCGAUCAAGAAGACAGAUAUGACGGCCCUGGCUUCGAAGAAACUAAGAUCACCAUACUUCCCUCACCCCUCUCUGAAGUAACUCAGGGGUUUCUUCCACCUGAUUUUCAGCCUUGGGGGUUUUUCUUUCACCCACCUUGUUGGGAACUUCUAUGCGCAGCUGCUUAUCCAAACAUGGUCGACAUCCAGCUGCUCAACGAUAUGCUGAGAUCUUGUCCACAGACCGUGGCAACUUUGAACUGGGGCCAUAAUUAUGGGGGCAUUUAUGAAACAGAACCUAGCAACUGGAUAAACGGUAAUGACAUUCUCCUGCGUAGGGUUCUUGGAUAUUAUGGAUCAUCGGACAACCCUAAUCCGCGGAUUGUUCUGCAUCGCCAAAACCCACUUGAAAUUCCACAAAUCGGUGAGAUUAUUGAAAAAGGAAGGGUGCAACAAUCCUCCAAGUCUCUUGUCAGUUAUAUAAAUGGACUUUCUUCUACCGAUGGCCAUAUUUUUGCCAGACUUCCAUAUGAACUUCGUGAACUACUGUUGUGUUUACUCCCUUCCCGCGAUGUCAGGAAUCUUAUGCUUGCAUCCAGAGCAUUUGCUUCAGUUGAGCUCUCUCAAAGCUUUUGGCUAUCUCGUUUCCAGGUUGAAUAUAGCUUUAUUUUCGAAGUUAGAAAGGACCUGCUGCCUAGUCCCGGGAUUUACCACUGGAAGUUCAUCUUUGACAGUAUCAAGGCUGCGUCAUUCGAAGUACCAGGAAUCCAAAAUAGACGGAGAAUAUGGAACUUGCUCUGCCCCCUUGCUGAUGCUGUGGUAGCAUUGUCCAAGUCUCCCCUCAAAGGGCUUCCAGCUCAUACAUUCUACAACUCAGAUAUUCCAGACGACCUUGGUGAUUGGAGAAGAGCAGGGGUCGCUGAGUAUACCGGUACUAAUAACCUGAUGUAUGGCUGCAGGAAGCUGUAUUCUCGCAUUGUUUCUGUAAGCGGCAAAAUUGUGGGGGCAUACGUUUCUUUUAUUACAAUGACUGGCGCACCCUUUGUCUGCGGGUUUAGGCUCAUGCGGUCAGAUGGAGAAAGCAUUGAACUUGGGCGUAUCGUUGGGCAAACUGAAGUCUAUCUGAGUGUGAACAGGAGUUUGAGUGAUUAUGAUACGUCGACUUUUUGUGGAUUCCAUCUGGCCAUUGGCGAAAGGGGUGUGCAAGGGUUUGCACUUGCUUCCCCUUCGGGACGUCUUACACCUUGGGCAGGCUCUCAUAAAAGAUUGCCAAAAAGAAUGCUUGUCUCCCAUACCCAGGAAAUUCGGGCGCUGCGAGGAGGAUUUGAUGGUUUCAAACUAAUAUCACUCGAAAUCCCAAGUGGUCCCGAACCACGUGCUGCACUUCGAGAUGUAUUCCCCUGGCUUCCAGAUAUACCCCAGAGCAAUCUGAAUUUACAUGAAAAUUCAUUUCCUGGCCAAACCGCUAAAAAAUUGCAUACAGAAAGGCCUAUUACAUUGUUGCACUUUGGAGGUUCAGGGGGUGUUAACCUUGACAAGAUCACGUCUCUAUCUGUCUGGGAUAUCCACGCCGCACUGACGGGGAUUGAGAUACAGUAUGACGGCCCGGUGGAUGGAGCCACCACUCAUUGUAUGGGGCAUUGUGGCACCUACAAUGCCACAAUAAGUCCAUUGAUAUCCCCAGAGACUAAGGUCACAGAAAAGAAGACAAUUUUCAUGAUCGACAGCGCAGGCGGCGAGCGGAUUGUCAGAGUUGAGUUUGGCGAUAUUAAGGGGAGGGCCAAUGGAACAGAGCUUUGGUUUCUUGUUCAAACGAAUCGCGGCAGGUCAAUGUCCUUUCCGAGAGAUAAGCCUGUCCCUGACAACCGGGCAAUGAUUUCUGGGGAUGAUUCGAGGACUAUUACUGGCUUUUAUUCAGUUGAGUUUGACCUUUCUGUUACCUACCACCCGUUCCCUUUCAUCAUCCCACUUUCCAUUUGA